CGCAUGCACUGCUCUGCUCUGCGUAAAGCUCACACGUCUCUUAACAUCGCUCGCCUCAUUUCAAAAUUGCAGUGCAGUGCAAUGUUGUACACUCCAUUUGUUAAACCCGAUAGCUGAAUAUAGUUAAAUACAUAAUACAUUUUUAAUUUUAUAGUCGCUUUUCGGAAGACAGGCUACAGAGGAAACAACGUGCUUUGAAUACAGAGAAGACUUUCUCCAAUACCGCCCGGGCUCGAGUCAAUGCCAUAAGACAGAGAAAUAUUAUAUUUUUCCGAGUGCAUAAUAUUUUACUUUUAAUUGAAGGCUUUGUCUUUUUUGAAGACAUUUGCCUCAGGGCUAUUCAAGAAGACGAAAAGGGUUUGCCUCAGCGGAAGAGGGAAAAUAACAUAAAACAAGUACAUUGGGAGCGCAGCUAAUGAGAGAUCUCACGCAUUGAGAUGCUUAAGUGAUUUUUACCGGACUCAUGGCUUCGCUUUACCAGAGAUUCACGGGGAAGAUUAAUACCAACAAAUCUUUUCCCCAUCCACCUGAAGCCAGCCAUCUCCUGGGUGGACAGGUUCCUGAGGAAGAGAAUAAGGCUGGGAAGAGUCCCCAUCAUCCCUCAUCCCGACCUCCAGCCCAGUACCGCAAGAGAAACGCCUGCGAGGAUGAAGACGAGCUGGUUGGAAGCAGUCCUCCACAGAGGAACUGGAAAGGAAUCGCUAUUGCACUGCUGGUUAUUCUGGUCAUCUGUUCUCUGAUCGUCACCUCUGUCAUUCUGCUAACACCAAAUGAGGAUGACAGUCUGGCCUCUAAGAAGAAAGUCACUAUUGAGGACCUUUUCAAUGGACAGCUCCAGGCACAUGACCCUGAGGCUACAUGGCUUAACGAUUUUGAACUGAUAUACCGCACACGGGAGGGUGAUGUGGUCAAACGGAAUGUGGUGACCAAUAAUACAGAGGUUCUGGUGAAGAACAAGAUGUUCGAGAGUUUUCGCAACCAGGCAUCCUACAAGCCCACCAAAUAUCAAGUCUCUUCUGAUUUAAAAUAUGUGCUGUUGGCCUACAGUAUUUUGCCGCUUUAUCAAUAUUCCUACAUGGCCUAUUACAUCAUCUGCAGCCUUGACUCUCCGGAGAAAGUGGAACUGACCCCUAAUGAAGUACUGAACACUCCACUCCAGUAUGCUGGAUGGGGACCCAAAGAGCAACAACUGAUUUUCAUCUUUGAGAAUAACAUCUACUACAAAGCACGAGUGAACAGUCCAUCAAUCCGGCUGGUUUCCACAGGCAGUCAGGGGGUCAUAUUUAAUGGACUUGCGGACUGGCUGUAUGAAGAGGAGAUCUUUCAGAAUCAUAUCGCCCACUGGUGGUCACCAGACGGUCUCAGACUGGCAUAUGCCACCAUCAACGAUACUCUGGUACCCAAGAUGGAGAUACCCAUGUUCACAGGAGCACUGUAUCCAGCAGGACAGGAGUACCGCUACCCAAAAGCUGGAGAGGAAAAUCCUGAUAUCUAUUUGUCAGUAGUGAGUCUGAACGGUCCAUUACACACAGUAAAGAUGAGGAAACCAGAAGACCCCAGAAUCAGGAAAGAGUACUACAUCACCAUGGUAAAAUGGGCAACCAGCACUAAGCUUGCAGUAAACUGGCUGAAUCGUGCACAGAACAACUCCAUCCUGACUUUAUGUGAGGCAACCACAGGCAUCUGUACCAAGAAACAUGAAGAUGAGAGUGAAAGCUGGCUCCACAGACAGAACGAACCCCCACUGUUCUCCAGAGACGGCUACAAGUUCUUCUUCACCCGAGCGGUUCCGCAGGGAGGUCGGGGAAAGUUCUUCCACAUAUCCAUGUCCACCUCACAGCCCAACAGUAGCACGGACACGCUGCAGUCUCUGACGUCAGGAGAUUGGGAUGUGACGCAGAUCUUAGCAUACAGCGAAGCUACCAAACUUUUAUAUUUUCUGAGUACAGAAGAUGAUGCGAGACGGCGUCAUCUCUACAGUGCAAACACCAAAGGCUCCUUCAACAGACGCUGCCUGUCCUGUGAGUUCAGCUGCGGUUACGUCUCUGGAACAUUCAGCCCUGACGCUAACUACUUCCUGCUCAAAUGUAAAGGUCCUGGUGUACCACACUCAGCCGUGUACAGCACGAGAGACGGGCUAUAUCUAAAGCUGCUGGAUGUGGAGGCCAAUGAAGAGUUAAACACCACAGUAAACAACACACAGAUGCCCAAAGUAGAGUACAAGAAGUUCAAUGUAGACGAUUACUGCUUGAACGUCCAGAUUCUGAAACCAGCUGGAUUUGUAGAAACAGCCCAUUACCCAUUACUGCUGCUUGUGGAUGGCACCCCUGGUGGGCAGGUGGUGACGGAGCAGUUUGAGGUGGACUGGACAACUGUACUUGUCAGCUCCUUCAACACUGUAGUCAUGCGUCUAGAUGGCCGAGGCAGUGGAUUUCAGGGGACAAACCUUCUUCAUCGAGUUCAGAAGAAACUGGGAGAGUUUGAGGAGAGAGACCAACUAGAAGCUCUUAGAUUAAUAUCACAGCUGAAAUACAUUGACAUGUCAAGAAUUGGAGUUUAUGGAAAGGCGUAUGGAGGAUAUUUGGUCAGCCGACUCUUACGCUCAGAUGAAUCUCCAAACAUGUUUAAAUUCAAAAUCAAGUGUGGCACAGCCGUCUCGCCCAUUACAGAUUUCAGCUUGUAUGCUUCUGCAUUUUCAGAACGAUAUUUAGGAUCACCACAGUUCAAUAAGCGAGAAUACGAGAUGGCACGUUUGGCAGACCACAUAGAGCAAAUGAAGGACAAGAAACUCUUAAUAAUUCAUCCAACGGCUGAUGAGAAAGUCCAUUUUCAGCACACAGCAAAAUUUAUCACCCACAUGAUCAGUGAAAAGGCCAAUUAUACAUUACAGAUCUACCCAGAUGAAGGACACUUCAUUCAUUCGAAAGACUCACAGCAACAUCUGAGUCAGUCACUGGUCAACUUCUUUGUAGAAUGUUUCAGACCACCGGAGAUGCUAAGCGAGGACAAACUGGAGCAGGACAAUGAAGACGACGGUUAAAUGAAUAUUGAUACCCUUGAACAGACCAGCUUAUAGCCCAAUAUGCAAACUUAUCCCGCCAUUACAACCUCUCUCAUUUCCCCGUUAGUUUUGAUGGGUUCUCCUGAGCCUCUGCAUGGACCACGCCCCUCAACUCUGAUUGGCUCCAAGGAAGAGUGUAAAUGACCUAGUGGUAAAAGAACGCAUGGAGGUACAUGCUGAAGCGUGGCGUGUUUAUGAAUAAUGCACAAGCGGUGCGAGAAGACUGCUGUGAAUCGCCCGUUCAAACAUUGCUCAUGGAAAGCUUUAAGAGUUGAAUGCACAAUAUACAGAAGAGAAUGAAUCAAUGGCAGGAAAUGCUGCAAAUGACCCUUAUUUGUAUCCUUCUAAUGUUCAUUCUUAUUAUACAGGCCUUUAUUUGGAUAUAUCGAUGUCAGUUUGUUUCUGCCUUUAAUGUCAAACUUACUGGGCCUCAUUCGUUCUGAAUGGAUUUCUGUCUCAGUUGUUCCGUCUAGAACCAUUCUUACGUAUAUUGUUUUGUAUUUAAUGUGCCAAUAAAAAUGAGCAAAAUGAA